CUUACAUUCAUGUCUGUGGCCGCAAAGAUCCCAACUAUAAUGAAUGUUUUCUGGACAGCUUUAGGACUGCAAUGGAUAAGGUCUGCACUGCAGGGAUGUCGGAAUUUGACAUUUCUCCGAUCGAAAUCCAAGUAUGACUUCAACAUACGUUUAUUGGUGUCACUUGCUAAUAAGGGAAUGAUUCAGUUAUCUACAGAUAACGUAGAUGAAAAAGUGAGCAUAGACUUAAAAAUAGAAACUAAGAAUAAUAAAACGGAAAUAUAUGCGUCGAAAGUAAACACUAAAUUUAAUAUUAAAACAUUCAAAGCUAAUUUUGAUGACAGCCAACAAGAUUUGGUACAACUAAAUGAAGUUUUAAGGCAAACCGUAACUGCUAACCAACAAGAAAUUCUUAAUGUUAUGGUGCCAAAAAUAGAAAAGAAGAUUUCCGAGUUGAUCAUGUCAAUUAUGAACAAGAUCAUCUACAACAGAAAGGAGCAACUGUUUCCUGACUAAAUUAUCUAGAACUCUGGAGAUUUCUUAUUGCAAAAUUCGCUGUAUGCACCUUAUAAUCCAUAAUAAAAAAGACAUACCACGAA